AUGGCAUCUGCUAUCCAACCCUUUUCAAUACUCACUACUUGUCAAUCUACAAUUAAUAAUUGUACUGAACCUGAAGCCUAUUGUACUGACAAUUCUUUACAUGAGGUUGAAUCUCAAUUGACUCCGAAUUCUCCAAAAAGCGGUAUAUUGCCUCAUCUCGAAUACGUAUCUUACGAUAGAGUUCAAGAUAUUUAUGAACAACGAAAGGGUCAUUUCUACUUCAUUCCUGAGGGUUUUAAAUCUGCUCUAGUUCCAAAUGACUCUAAAGAUCCUGCUGUACUCAAUUUAUUUGGAAAUUCUAAACCCGUACCCUAUGAUCCUAAUGUCCCGAGGAUGCUUCCUGAUUCGGAUGCACGUCUUUCUUCAUUCGAUCUUUCCUGUAGAGUAGCUAGCUCAAAGAAAGAAAAUUCCGCAAUUGACAAGAAUGCAAAUCAACCACAGAUUGUUCAUCAUCAGGACAUCUCAAACGAUGAUAUAUCUAAAGAAAUUGGGAUAUGGCACAAAGAUUCUUUAAAAGUACGCAGUAACGGAGACGACAACAACGACGAGGCUUUUAUGCGACUAGAGCAUGUACGAAUUGCCGAAAAAAACACAAAAAAUGUUUCGGAAGAGCAACUUGUGAACGUUGUCUAUGCUCUUAACGGUCUUGAAAAUGACUUUGAUGGAACAUCUAUGCUAUCCUCUGUAAUCCUUAAUCCCAUGCAAGGUCACGCAUCGAUUAUAUCAUCACCAUCAGGAUAUCCACAACAACCGGAUAACAUUGACGAGUUUACCCUUCAUUGUGAAUCAUAUGAAGAACCAAAUAUUCCCGCUUCUCAAGAAGCCAGUUUAUUUUCUUAUCAAACAUGUAUCAAUACUGAAUACGCUAUGCAGAGCAACAACCUUAUAGACAACGCGACAAAUAAUAAUACUAUCUUUCUAUAUGACAACUUAUUUUUUAAUAAUAACCAUAUGCCAUCAUUCCAUUAUUAA